AUGGGCGGGGCCGGGGGCGGGGCCAUGGGCGGGGCCGGGGCAGCAGCAACAAGCAACGGACACAGUGACAGAUUACCUCAGGAUGUCCUCUCGAAGGAUACGAACAUUGGGGGAUUGAACUGGGAGUUUCUGCUGGAACCUGGCAGUUUUCAGACGGGCUGUUUGGUCGUCUCUGCAGAAGGAGUAAGAUUUAUCGCAAUCGUCAAGAAAGAGUCCAUUUCGCUCCAUUAUCUCUCAAACGGACAUCAGAAAUGGACGGAGGCUCUACCGGACAGUGAGGGUAUCCAUUAUGAGUUGGUGUAUUCAGGAGGAGAUGAUGCUGUGCAUCUGGUAGGAGUGGUUUCUCGUUCUCAACUCCACAUCACUACGUAUGAUGUCGCUGAUGGCAAGGUCGUCCGUCAGAUUUCCUUCGAAACCUCCUGGAUCCAGCACCUGAAGGACCUUUGUGGGGUUAUUGGGGAAGGAAUCCUGGCUUGUGUGGACUCGGAAUCCCACUCCCUUCAUCUCCUGCCUCUGCAAUCAGACCAGGAGCCUGUGCAGAUUGCACUGCAGUCUCUGGAUCUGAAGCUGGAUGAAGGGUUUAAGGGAAAGAUUGUCACCACACAGCCAUCACCAAUGGGGGCUGCUGGAGCUCAGUUCUUCCUGCAUUUAUCAGACACCAACGGUGUGCUGCUGCAGCUCCGCCACAUGGCGCUCAGCUCUCUGCGCAAGUUUGUCCAGGCUUCACUGAUGUCUUUCGCUACGACUGGUGAUAAAACAGUGGCGGCUGUGAUGACAGCUAAGAACAGAACGGCUUUCAGCAUUAACCUGUACUCAGCAGAGAAUGGCCGAUGGUUACUGGAUACGGCCAUGGACUUUUCCCUGAACCCACAUGUUGGCAGCCCUGAGCAGCUCUACAUUCAACCAUUUCUGAAGAAAGAUGAUUCUGUGGGAUACCGGGCUCUGCUCCAGACCAUCGACCACACCCUUACCUACAUUCAACAGCCAGGUCGCAUUGUCUGGACACGGGAAGAGGCGUUGGCAGAAGUUGUUACGAUGGAGAUGGUGGAUCUGCCUCUGACGGGAACGCAGGCCGAGCUGGAGGGCGAGUUUGGCAAGAAAGCAGAUGGCCCAAUGGGAAUGUUUAUGAAGCGGAUUUCGUCCCAGCUGGUUCUGCUGCAGGCCUGGUGCUAUCAGCUGCUGAAGAUGUUCUAUGAUGCGCGGAAACCUCGCAGCCAAUCAAAGAACGAAAUCACCAUUGAGAACCUGGCUCGAGAUGAGUUUAACCUGCAGAAGAUGAUGGUGAUGGUGACGGCAUGUGGGAAGCUCUUUGGGAUUGACAGCAGCUCAGGGACCAUCCUAUGGAAGCAUUACUUGGAGAACGUGAAGCCCGGAUCCUCCUUCAAACUGGCUGUCCAGCGAACGACAGCUCACUUCCCUCACCCCCCCCAGUGCACGCUGAUCAUCAAAGACAAGGAAACUGGAUUGAGUUCUCUCCAUGUCUUUAACCCAAUCUUUGGCAAGCGAAGUUAUGUAACCCCCCCAGCGCUGGACCGGCCCAUCCUUCAGUCCCUGCUGCUGCCUAUCGUGGACCAAGAUUACGCCAAAGUGCUGCUGCUGAUUGACGCUGAACACAAGGUGACAGCCUUUCCCUCCAGUAGGAAUAUCCUGCAGCAGCUCCAGACCUCUGCCUCUGUUAUUUACUUCUAUCUGGUCGACCCGGUGCAGGGCAAACUAAACGGCUUCCACCUGCGCGAGGACUUUGGAACCGAGGAGAUUUGGGAGGUGGCGAUUCCGACAGAGACUCAGAGAAUAGUGACUGUCAAAGGGAAACGCUCCAACGAACAUGUGCACUCACAGGGCCGUGUCAUGGGGGAUCGCAGUGUCCUGUACAAGUAUCUGAACCCCAAUCUGCUGGCAGUCAUCACAGAGAGCACCGACACGCACCAGGAACGAGCCUUCAUCUGCAUCUACCUCAUUGAUGGCGUGACCGGGCGCAUCAUCCACCAGUCUGUGCAGCGCAAAGCAAGAGGUCCUGUGUACGUGGUGCACUCCGAGAAUUGGCUGGUGUACCAGUACUGGAAUACCAAGUCCCGAAGGAACGAGAUGACAGUGUUGGAACUGUACGAGGGGACCGAGCAGUACAACAGCACAGCCUUCAGCUCACUGGACCGGCCACUCUCCCCCAUCAUCUUCCAGCAAUCUUACAUCUUCCCCUCGGCCAUCAACCUGGUGGAGGCCACUAUCACAGAGAAAGGGAUCACCAGCCGCCACCUGUUGAUUGGGCUUCACUCUGGAGGAAUCCUCUCCUUACCUAAAGCGUUUCUGGAUCCUCGACGUCCAGAGGUUCCUUCUGAGCAAAGCCGGGAGGAGAAUCUAAUUCCGUAUGCUCCUGAACUGCCCAUCCGAUCGGAAUGGUUCAUCAACUACAAUCAGUCUGUGUCACGAGUGAGGGGGAUUCACACGGCACCCUCCGGCCUGGAGUCCACCUGCCUGGUUGUCGCUUAUGGUCUCGACAUCUUCCAGACUCGUGUUUAUCCCUCGAAGCAGUUUGAUGUUCUGAAAGACGACUAUGACUAUGUGUUGAUCAGCAGUGUUCUCUUCGGUCUGGUCUUUACCACCAUGAUCACCAAGCGGCUCGCCCAGGUUAAGCUCCUGAACAGGGCCUGGCGAUAGCAGCUACUGGGACAUGAAAGGGGGGAAGGGGAAAAAGAAACAUUGUCCCAUGGAUUGAAUGCGAAGAUGGAGAUGCAAAGGUUUUGGGGGACAAGCCAAGUAGCGAGACUGGAGUGUCAGCGCCGGGGCUCAUUUGUUUUCUGCGGGUAUUUAUUUUGAAGACUGUCAUGACUAGAAAGUGGACAUUUUGAUUAAAUAAAAUUGGCUUCAGGAUUUUCACUGCAAUCAGCAGUGGUCCCUCACACACAUUGUUCAGAGCAAACACUUUUGUUUCUUUUUUUGGUUAGAAAGUUAUUUUCCCAUUUGAAAUUGUAAUGACGGAUGUAGAUAGAGCCACCCUUAUGAUUGACAGGAGGCCAAGUGGCUGCUAAUGUGUUUAGCCUGGAAGCGGCGACUGCAAACUGGAGCCUUGCCUUUUAAAUUGUAAUUUUACUCCUAAAGUCUGUAUCUGUCUUACCUGGGAAUCCUACAUCCAGGCAUCCUGUUGCAGAGGAUUCUUGUACCGAGACUUGCUUAAGUGCGAGACACCUGGGUUCAAUUCCAGGCAGAGGGCGAAACCUUGGGCAAGUUUCCUUACUCCACACAGAGCCUAAUAAUAAUCCCUCCAAAACAAAAACAAUAAUAAAUUGGUCACUCAAUCCACGACUGUUUGUGGGACGUUGCUGUGCGCAAUUGGCUGCCGCGUUUUCCCCACAAACAUAUGGUCAAUUCACUUUACAGUCUAUUCUGUGAAGCGCUUUGAGACGUUGAGAAGACGUGAAAAGCGCUGUAUCAAAUGCAAGGAUUAUUAUAUUAUUAUAAGUACUACAACUUGUGCCACUGAUUGUGAAGUGAGCGUCUGGUCCUCUGCAAUACCAGGUUACCUGGUCUGGGCUCGGCAGCCUCCUGAAUUCCUAACUACAGCGGUUUCCAUUCCAAUAGCCAAUGGGGCUUUUACUUGUGUUCUUCUGCUGUCCUUCGCUGACCGUGUUUGUUACGAUCGAAACUGAUUGUGGACAUAAAGCUGAUUGUUCAAUUUGCAGUUCUGAACAACCUUGUUUUACGAGUUAAUUUCACAGGGUCACUGUGAGGUUUGUUCCUUUGUGGACACUUAAAUCUACCCCAAAUUUUAAAUACAAAGCGAGUUCUAAUAAAUUUGUGAGAAAAGGGAUGGUUAAGUUUUUUUUAGUUCCUGAUUAAUAUGUGUACUUAAUUGCUGAGAAAAUAUAUUUGGGAUUUAGACUUUAUUUUAAUGUGCAACUGAUGAGAUUGGUUUAACCUAGGAUUAAAGACAGAUCUAUGUGAUUAUCUAGGAGUCUAAUUAUGUGCCUGCGAUUCGGGUUUAUGAGCUGGUAAGAGAAUAUGUUGAGUUGCUCUAAAAGUACAUGUAGUGUCAACAUGAGGGAUAUACAAAUAUUGCUGUGAGGAGAAAUGCAGUUGUGCUCUUACAGUUAGUAAAUGUUACCUGGAAAUGACUGGAAUUUGAGGAUUUUCUUGAUUUUAACCUCAGUGUCCCCAAACAUUGCAAGUUCACAACAGAAAACUUGAAACCACUGCAUUAAACCUUUUAAAUAGAAAACAAUUUGUUUCCUGAGUUGUUAAUGUUUCUGAAUACCACUGAAUAAACAAUUACUGUGA